GGCAGCGCGGCAGGAGCGGGCGGGGCGGGGCGGGGCGGGGCGGAGCGGAGCGGAGCGCGGCGCCCUCCCGCGGCCGCGGCCAUGGAGCGGGACGCCGUCGGCUGGCGGCCGUAGCCGGGCACAGCCCGCUCGGGGCCCGCCGCGAGGCAGCGCGGCCGCAGCAUGGCCGGCGCCUGGCCCUGGGUGCUGCUGUGGCUGGGCGCCGGCCUGGCCCCCCCCGCCGCCGCCGCCGGGGCCGGGGCCGGGGCCGCGGCGAUGCGGGUGCCGCUGCGCGGCGGCGGCCAGGCCCUGGCGGCGGCGGGGCCGCGGGCGCGCCGGGCGGCGGAGGCGGCGGCGGCGGCGGCGGAGGGGGGCGGCCCGCGGGCCGGCAGCUUCGUGGCCAUGGUGGACAACCUGCGCGGCAAGUCGGGGCAGGGCUACUACGUGGAGAUGGCGGUGGGCAGCCCCCCGCAGAAGCUGAAUAUCCUGGUGGACACAGGGAGCAGUAACUUUGCCGUGGGGGCGGCGCCGCACCCCUUCCUCCGGCGGUACUACCAGCGGCAGCUGUCCAGCACCUACCGGGACCUGCGGAAGGGGGUGUACGUGCCCUACACCCAGGGCAAGUGGGAGGGGGAGCUGGGCACUGACCUCGUCACCAUCCCGCACGGCCCCAACGUCACCGUCAGAGCCAACAUCGCCGCCAUCACGGAGUCGGACAAGUUCUUCAUCAACGGCUCCAACUGGGAAGGGAUCCUGGGGCUGGCCUACGCCGAGAUCGCCCGGCCCGAUGACAGCCUGGAGCCCUUCUUUGACUCCCUGGUGAAGCAGACCCGGGUGCCCAACAUCUUCUCCCUCCAGCUUUGCGGGGCGGGCUUCUCGCUCAACGACACCGAGGCGCUGGCGUCGGUGGGAGGCAGCAUGAUCAUUGGCGGCAUCGACCGCUCGCUGUUUGUGGGCGACAUCUGGUACACGCCCAUCCGCAAGGAGUGGUACUACGAAGUCAUCAUCGUCAAGCUCGAGGUCAACGGGCAGGACCUGAGCAUGGACUGCAAAGAGUACAACUACGACAAAAGCAUCGUGGAUAGCGGGACCACCAACCUCAGGCUGCCAAAGAAGGUCUUCGAGGCUGCAGUGAAGUCCAUCAAAACAGCUUCUUCGACAGAGAAGUUCCCGGAUGGCUUCUGGCUGGGGGAGCAGCUGGUUUGCUGGCAGGUUGGCACCACCCCCUGGCACAUCUUCCCCGUCCUGUCCCUCUACUUGAUGGGGGAGGCCACCAACCAGUCCUUCCGGAUCACCAUCCUUCCCCAGCAAUACCUGCGCCCGGUGGAGGACGUGGCCACCUCUCAGGAUGACUGCUACAAGUUCGCCAUCUCUCAGUCCUCCACGGGCACCGUCAUGGGCGCCGUCAUCAUGGAGGGCUUCUACGUGGUCUUCGACCGUGCCCGCAAGCGCAUCGGCUUUGCCGUCAGUGCCUGUCACGUGCACGAUGAGUUUCGGACAGCUGCGGUGGAGGGGCCUUACCUGCACUCCAACAUGGAGGACUGCGGCUACAACAUCCCGCAGACGGACGAGUCCACCCUGAUGACCAUCGCCUACGUCAUGGCGGCCAUCUGCGCCCUGUUCAUGCUGCCGCUCUGCCUCAUGGUGUUUCAGUGGCGCUGCUUCCGCUGCCUGCGGCGGGACCACGACGACUUUGCCGACGACAUAUCCUUGCUGAAGUGAGGCCUGAGCGCGGGGGCAGCCCCGGGGCCUGCAGUCCUAGUGCCUUGGCCCCGACCCAAGCGCCGGACUAGCUAGCUCAGCAGCGGCACGCUCGGAUGGAAGCACUUUAUGGAUCGUGGGUGAUCUGGAGGUUGUUUCAGUGGAUGUGUCCCGUAACUGGUUUGGUGACAAUGACGGAGGCAUGCAGGAAGGGGGCAUGGUCGGAUCACACAAAGCAGUAGGUCACAGGCCAAAAGGACAGUGAGCAGGAAGGCAGUUGUGCCCCCAUCUCGUUCCUACAGCAAAGAGAGGAUUUUCCAGUACGUGAGACCAGCCCUCCUCUCCUUUCCCCGGUCCCAGCAGGAGCGUGGCACUGACAGUCGUUUUGUCCCUUCCCCAGAGCACACUCUCGGGAGCCUGCAGGCCGUUGCUAACGCUCUAUUUCCCUACUUUGACUUGGACAGGGAAGUGCUGUCAGGUUCUGUUCUAAAUCCUGAGAUUUACUAGUUAAAAAGGCAGCGUUCCUCUGUGAGCGAGGGACAGAGCUACCUGCGGGGCCUGGACCUGAGCGGAGGUGGCAGCUGGCCAGCGGAUGUAUGCACAAGGCUGAGCGCCCAGUUCAGGAGAGGACGGGUGCUGGGGCUGGAGCGUUAAAGGUCUACACUAGUAACCAGGCAUAAAGCUUGUUAACAAGGUCCUUUAGAUAAAAAUGCCUUUGAGGGAGCAACGAGGGAGGCAGGGACGCGUACUGCGUCGCAGAGCAUAGGCAGGCCAAGCCAGCCAGAGCGUUGUGCCCACGCACGCCCCCGAGCUGUUCCACUUCACUGCUCCUGCGUUUGCAUAGCAUCCCGCUGCCCUGCCCUGCUCCGCACCUGCAAUCAUCCAGCAACUCCACUCCAGAGCAAGGGGGCCAAGUUAUGCAACUGGACAGACCUCCGCUCCCUCGUGCCUGCCCAGGGCCCUCCCCAGGAUCCCAGACUACGCUGCGGACCACUGCCUUAAAACGCGCCCGAGAGGCACGUGUGUGCGUGCAGGAAGAUCCGGACUGUGGCCGAGUUCAGCCCUGCCGUGCACAGGCAGCGCUCACUGCCCCAUCCCAAGGCACAGGUGCUUCUAGCAGCGCUGAGUUUGCGCCGCAGACUGCAAAAAGAGAAAGAGACCUACAGAGUAAGUGCAGGAUUUUAAGUGGUGCUGAGCACCUCUUAAUCCCACCGAAAUCCACGGAGAAGGGGCUGGUGCAGCAGCCCGUGUUUUAGGAGAAAGUACAGGAGAGGGGAAAAUGGGGAUUGCAGAAGGUUGGCUAUCCGGAGCUGCAGUGCAGCCAAACUGUGUUCACCCCCCAGCGCUCCCUCCCCAGGCCCAGCGUUACACCAGGAAGCACGGGGUAGAAGCGUGCGCAGAACUUUGCCCCGUGGGAGAAGGGACGGGGAUGGUUACCCCCAGCUGCUGCUGUAGACUCCAGUACUCUGUAACCUAAUGUCUAUGUAAGAACAAUGAAUGUUAACACAGUAAAUUAUUAUAUUAAAAAACCCACAAAAGCUC